AUGUAUCGCGUGCUUGUAUUUUACAUAUUACAUGCGCUUGUAAAUGGUCAGGAAGAGAGUAUAGAUUAUUCUGGAAUCGCGAGCGAGGUGGAGAUGAAUAAAGACAAUAUUCUGGAGUUUUUGAACACCACUCGUGUUCGGGAUAUUUAUAAAGUGCAGUAUUUUAAGCUGCUGGAUAAACUUAUUGACAAUGAAAAAGAUAUGUUGGAAGAGUCUGAUGGGAGAAGAGGAGUGUCAUCAACACGUCGCAUCGUGUCAGGACGGAACACAUCCAUAGAAGCCGUGCCCUGGCAAGUGUCUCUCCGAGAGAAGACCUUCCCGAUCUGUGGAGGCUCUGUCAUCACCGACUUAUGGCUGCUUACAGCGGCCCACUGCUUGCUCAGGGCCAAAGCCAGUGACCUCAGCGUCCGCCUCGGCUCCUCCUUCAAGACGUUCGGCGGCGAGAUGUACGACGUGCAACACAGCUUCGUGCACCCUCAGUACGUGAUCAAGAGCAAGGUGAACGACGUGGGCAUGGUGCGACUGUACACCCCGCUGCGGUUCUCGGCCAGGGUACUGCCGAUACGGAUUAUAGGGAGGGAGAAGAGGCUGCUGUCCAAGCAGGCGGCCAUUGUCUCUGGGUGGGGGAAACUUAAGGAAGGUGGCGCCAGUGCGACAGUUCUCCAAUCAGUCACCUUGUCCACCAUCUCCAUGAAGCUGUGCAAGCGGUCUGGCCUGGACCGGAAGGCCAUUGACCCCGCCUCCAUGUUCUGCGCGGGCUCCUUCAGACAGAACACUCCUGAUGCUUGCCAGGGCGACAGCGGAGGCCCCAUAGUGAGCGAGGGGGUCCUGAUCGGCGUCGUGUCCUGGGGCCUCGGGUGCGCGCGCGGCAACUUCCCCGGGGUCUACGCGCGCCUAGCAUACCCUGUCAUAUACGACUGGAUCAUGGGGCAUCUGAACUCGUCUACUGACCCUUAUAAACCUGAACCCAAGCGAUGAAUGCAUUUUGA